CUAUCUUUGCGUUCCCGGUGGGGGACAAGACAAUCGAGCUGCGAUGGAUGCCCUUGAGACUAUUUUGAAGGAAGCUGUUGAUCUGGAGAACAUACCCGUUGAGGAAGUCUUCGAAAAUUUGAAAUGUACAGCUGAGGGUCUCAGUACUGACGAGGUACAAAAGCGGUUGGAGAUGUUUGGCUACAACAAACUUGAAGAGAAAAAGGAGAGCAAACUACUCAAAUUUCUGGGAUUUAUGUGGAACCCUUUGUCUUGGGUUAUGGAAGCAGCUGCGUUAAUGUCCAUAUGUCUUGCGCACGGAGGCGGACUGGGUAUGGAUUAUCACGAUUUCGUGGGUAUCAUUAUAUUACUCAUAGUUAAUUCAACUAUAAGUUUUAUAGAGGAAAACAAUGCUGGUAAUGCAGCUCAAGCCCUUAUGGCAAGACUGGCUCCAAAGGCGAAGGUUUUACGAGAUGGAAAAUGGAGUGAGGAAGAUGCUUCUGUGCUGGUUCCUGGAGACAUUAUCAGUAUCAAAUUGGGUGAUAUUAUUCCUGCUGAUGCUCGUUUGCUCGAAGGAGAUGCUUUAAAAAUUGAUCAGUCCGCUCUUACAGGAGAGUCACUUCCAGUAACUAAGAAUGCCGGUGAUGGUGUAUACUCUGGUUCAACAUGUAAACAAGGUGAACUUGAAGCGGUUGUCAUUGCAACUGGAGUACAUGCCUUCUUCGGAAAAGCUGCCCAUCUUGUUGAAAACACAACUCAUGUUGGGCACUUUCAGCAGGUCUUAACAUCUAUUGGAAACUUUUGCAUUUGUUCAAUAGCCACUGGACUUGUGAUUGAGCUCAUUGUCUUCAUUUGUCAAAAAAGAGGUUAUCGUCCUUCGGUAGACAACCUUCUUGUUCUACUUAUCGGUGGCAUCCCAAUUGCUAUGCCAACAGUUCUGUCUGUCACCAUGGCCAUUGGUUCUCAUCGGUUGGCUCAGCAGGGUGCAAUUACCAAGAGAAUGACAGCUAUUGAAGAAAUGGCUGGGAUGGAUGUGCUCUGCAGUGAUAAAACUGGAACUUUAACUCUCAACAAACUAACAGUGGACAAGAAUUUGAUAGAGGUGAUAAUCUUGAUCCUCACCUCCAUUUGCAGGGCUUCAAGAUUGGAAAAUCAAGAUGCUAUUGAUGCAGCAAUUGUUGCCAUGCUAGCUGAUCCUAAGGAGGCUCGCGCGGGGAUUACAGAAGUUCACUUCCUUCCAUUCAAUCCAACUGAUAAGAGGACAGCACUUACAUACAUAGACACAACCGGUAACAUGCACAGAGUGAGCAAAGGUGCACCAGAGCAGAUACUCAAUUUGGCAAGCAACAAAUCAGAAAUUGAAAAAAGGGUACAUACAGUAAUUGAAAAAUUCGCAGAGCGUGGACUUCGAUCCCUUGCUGUUGCACGGCAGGAAGUUCCUGCUGGUACGAAAGACAGUCCCGGUGGACCUUGGGAGUUUGUCGGUCUUCUCCCCCUAUUUGAUCCACCACGUCAUGACAGCGCUGAAACUAUUAGAAGAGCUCUAGAUUUGGGUGUGAGUGUUAAAAUGAUCACGGGUGAUCAACUGGCAAUUGGAAAAGAAACUGGGAGACGACUUGGGAUGGGCACAAACAUGUAUCCAUCAUCGGCGUUGCUUGGUGAAAAUAAGAAUAGCAUAGAUGGAACUCUAGUAAUUGAUGAACUCAUUGAGAAUGCUGAUGGUUUUGCUGGUGUAUUUCCUGAACAUAAAUAUGAGAUCGUUCAGCGAUUACAAGGUAAGAAGCACAUAGUCGGAAUGACAGGUGAUGGAGUCAAUGAUGCACCAGCAUUGAAGAAAGCAGACAUAGGAAUUGCUGUCGCCGAUGCCACAGAUGCAGCCCGUGGUGCAUCUGAUAUAGUACUGACAGAACCUGGUUUGAGUGUGAUUAUCAGUGCUGUUUUGACAAGCCGUGCGAUCUUUCAAAGAAUGAAGAAUUACACAAUAUACGCAGUAUCUAUAACAAUACGUAUUGUGCUCGGUUUCUUGUUGCUUGCGGUAUUCUGGAAAUUUGAUUUCCCUCCUUUUAUGGUCCUAAUCAUUGCCAUUCUUAAUGAUGGUACUAUUAUGACGAUAUCCAAGGACAGGGUUAAGCCAUCUCCAGUUCCUGACAGUUGGAAGCUGAGUGAAAUCUUUGCAACCGGGAUUGUGUUAGGCAGUUAUCUUGCCGUUACCACAGUUAUAUUCUUCUCGAUCAUUUACGAUACUAAAUUUUUUCCGAAAAAAUUCGGUGUAGAAGAUAUCUUCAAUGAGAAUCUCUAUUAUACCAACGGGACCCUCAAUCCGGGAAUGAAUGCCAAGCUAUCAUCUGCUCUGUACCUUCAAGUUAGCACCAUCAGCCAGGCUCUAAUUUUUGUCACUCGCUCCCGAGGAUGGUCAUUCCUGGAAGUACCUGGUCUGCUUCUGCUUAGUGCUUUCGUAAUUGCUCAACUGAUUGCUACAUUAAUAUCUGCUUUAGUAACAUGGAAAAUUGCUAGAAUUCAAGCAAUCGGCUGGAAAUGGUGUGGUGUCGUAUGGAUAUACAACAUUCUAAUCUACAUGCUACUUGAUCCUGUCAAGAUUUUCGUUCGAUAUGCACUCAGCGGGAGGGCUUGGAGUUUGGUAUUGAACAAAAGAACGGCUUUCAACACCCAAAAGGACUUCGGUAAAGAGUUCCGUGAGGCUGCAUGGGCGGCAGAACAGCGGACGGUCCAUGGCCUCCCAUCUAUGGAGGCAAAGAACAUUCCUGAGAGGCACACAUUCAGGGAUGUUAGCAUCAUGGCUGAAGAAGCCAGGAGACGUGCAGAGAUUGCAAGACUAAGGGAGCUUCACACUCUGAAGGGGAAGGUCGAGUCCUUUGCAAAGCUAAGGGGUUUAGACAUCGAAACGAACCCAAAUUACACUAUCUAAGUCAUUUUCUAGUGUAAUUCUGGCCACCCUAUUUUCCUUCCAACUGUUACUAUUUUGAUAUUUCUUGCCCUUUUUGUUUUGUUUCCUUUCCUGUAUUCUUAAUUAUCUUUUUACUUGUGUUGUAUGGAUUUGAUGGACA